UCGACUAGCAAGGCACCAGAAAUAACAAUACCUGAUGAAGUUGGCGAUGAAAGUGAAUGACGAUGAUGGGGACGAGUCUGAGGUAAUGGAAUGGGAAGGCGCCGUCAUUUCCAUGCCCUGGAUCUCCAAACACAUUGAUCUAUCACGAGCAAAUGUGCAAUGGCCUGGUGGACUGCCCGGAUGCUACCGACGAGAUAGGAUGUACAUGCCGGAACCGAAUGGAUCCCAGUAAAAUCUGUGAUGGGGUUUUUGAUUGUCCUUCUCUUGACGAUGAAACGGGAUGUCGAGGUUGCAAUGCAAGUCAGUUUAACUGCGACAUCACCAGGCAAAGACCUCUGUGCAUCCCACUGAGACAACGGUGUGACGGCUUGGAGCAAUGUCCCGACGGAAUGGAUGAAAUUGGUUGCAGCGUUCUAUCGCCUAGUGAACACUCGCUCGAGGUUUCUGUAGCAAAGUACAGUUCUGGAUAUGUGAUGCAUAAUUUCAAGAAUAAUUGGUAUCCACUGUGUGGUUCAUCCGGCAACGUGACCAGCUUAGUCUCCGGCAUCUGUCAGUUGACUGUUGGCGACGGUCUUGGAAGUUUCAAAAUAUCCAAAAGAGAAGCGAAUUUUACGGCCUACAACGGCCAAUACGCCAUGACGUUUGAUUCUGCAAGAAGAGUCAAACUUGUCAAAAACUGCUCGUAUCUCUUUUUUGUUGAGUGUCCAUCACCUCGUUGUGGUAGGAAGGCUCCGACUCAGGCAGAAAUCGGCCAUAAAAUGACAGCGAAAUCCAGCAUUGCAACGAUAACCACAACUACGACAAAAAUGCCUUUUGGAAUCAGUUCUUUUAGCAAUUCAUCGAAGACGUCUGGACGAAGUUUGCAGCAAGCGGUUGAAGCUCCCAGAUAUUUGACAGAUCAAUCCCCUGGUCUUGGGCGCCGUCUUCGAAGAGCGGACUCCCACUGUCAAUCGCCCGGGUGUAGUCGUCUCACUGGUCGUUUUUCGAAUUCAAAAGUCCAACGACGUAAGAGACGAGGCACAUUGAACAGAGUGGUUGGCGGCCGCGAAAGCAAUAUGGGAGCUUGGCCUUGGGCGGUGGCUAUCAUUCGUGACGGUAUCUUCAAAUGCGGUGGAACUUUGCUAGACAGCAAUUGGAUUUUGUCAGCAGCCCAUUGUUUUCACGCGUUGGAGAAAUCUCAUUUUGAAAUUCAAUUGGGCAUGCUACGGCGGUCUUCUUAUUCCCCCUUGGAGCAAACUCGAGCCAUUCUUUUCAUCUAUGUUCACCCAAAUUACGAUCCGCGUACCCUGGAAAACGACAUUGCAUUAUUGCGGGUACAAAAGCCUCUUCAACUCAAUCAGUGGACUGCUCCCGCAUGUCUGCCAAGUUUGGGAUAUGUUCCACGCAAUGACACACUUUGUACCGUCGUCGGAUGGGGGAACGUACAGGAAAACGGGCCAGAAUCGGAUUCGCUUCUUGAGGUUGCAGUUCCUAUUAAGCCUUGCAGCGCUGACCUGGCUGCCCGUAAGAACAAAAUCCUGUGUGCAGGAUAUCCGGAAGGAAAAAAGGAUUCGUGUCAGGGAGAUUCAGGCGGACCUUUUAUUUGCCCGGAUCCGAACAUUCGUGACAGUUGGCUAUUGGUUGGAAUAGUCAGUUUUGGUUUAGGAUGUGCCCGCCCCGGACAACUGGGUGCUUAUACUAAUGUUGCCUACUACCUGAAAUGGAUUGACGAAGUCAUGGGUGAAAAGACUGUACAAUCAAAGAGGAUUCCUAGACAGAGUUGCAGCGGGUUGAUAUGUCCGCGCGGAACGGGAGCCUGUUUAACCCCAGAUUUAAUCUGUGACGAAAUCGUAGAUUGUCUGAAUGCAGAGGAUGAACUGAGUUGCACAACAAAACUCCUCUCUACAAGUCACAAGCCAAUUGUUACGACAGUUUCUCCAAAUUUAAACACCACGCCACUGCCACGUCCAACUGUCUGCUCGGUUGAUCAAUUCACGUGCUCCAAAGUGUUCCAGUGCGUUGAGCUUUCUCAGAAGUGCAACAGGAUCAUUGACUGCACCGAUGGAACAGAUGAAUCUUCCUGUUCUUGCGCCGAUUAUUUGAAGGGCACUGGAAAUUCAGAAUUACUCUGUGACAACCAUAUCGACUGUUCAGAUUUUUCGGAUGAAGCCGGAUGUUGGACCUGUCCAUCGGGUGAGUAUUACUCACUCGCUUCCUCACAGUGCAUUCCGUACACGGACAUGUGUGAUAAUCGUGUACAGCAUGAACAAGGCGACGAUGAAUCUCAAUGCUUGACCCUGAUUCCGCAAUCCUUCUCUGUUGCACUCGAUCGAACUGGAAGACCCAGACGUGAGCAAUCGGGUUUACUAGCCAUGAACAAACUGGGGGUCUGGAAUCUAAUUUGCGUUCCAGAUUGGUCGUCUUCGGUCAGCGACGAAAUCUGCAGCUUCAUUGGAUAUGGGCCUGGGCUUUCAUACAAUUUACUUGCUGGUUCGAAGCUGCUUCCAUUAAAACCAUUGGAACCACCGCAAGGAUUCCUGUGGAAUUCUUCAAAACCCCCGCAAUUGCCAUCAGCUCUACCUAAACGUGAUCUUGGUUUAUCCAGUGAAGAUUACAAUUUUACAGCACUGCAUUUCAUUGCCAAACGACAGUCCGUAAUUUCUACAACGAGCGACUGCAAAUUCGUUAAUUUAACAUGCAGUAACCAACUGUGCGGAAUCCGACCGAAUCUCGGCGAAUGGGACACCUUGCCCAAAACUGAAGGCCGUUUCCCUUGGCAUGCUACCCUUUUUCUCGAAGGCCAAUAUCUUUGCGGUGCCACCUUAGUAGCCCCUCAAUGGCUACUAGUAUCUUCAGUCUGUUUCCGCAACAUUAACUUGACGAAAGACUACGUAACUGCCUUGUUAGGUAGCAGGAGGCUGAUACCGUUUACUUCACCGACGGAACAAAUUCAACGUGUUGCCAAUGGCGUGAAAAUUUCUACAACCAGCAAGAUGAUUCUUCUGUUCCUUGAGCGGCCCGUCAAGUUGACUGAACAUGUGAAUCACGUUUGUUUGGCUUCAUCGGAAGCUGUGCGUAACCUUAUCAAGAACCAAUGCGUGGCAGUCGGAAUGAAUGGAACGCUACUUGCUAGUUCGGCUAGUUUUUCGCAAAUAAAACUGAAUGUCGGUCGUACACUUUUGGCUAAUUGGACCAACAAUGAAACUAUCUCUUGCCCUUCGGACAAGUGGUCUGGUAGCGUAGUUUGCCCCGAUGACUUUACCUGGUAUGCCGUUGCCGUCUUUGAGCGUGAUUGCUCUAAAAGCGAACCGUACGUCAACACACUCGAAGGGAUUUGGCGACAUUUUGAUGCCAUUAGGGAAACUAUAACGUGCAACCAGACAAAUUUAAAAGCUAUCCAGAGGAAAAAACGACAGCUUCAAAUUUCUUGUACAAUGCCAAUUAUACCAGCACCCAGGUGUGACUCUUGGCGUUGUCCGUUGGGUGCUUGCCUGGGUAAGAAUGAAAUAUGUGACGGCAUCCCUAACUGUCGUGAUCGCAGUGAUGAAACAGAAGCUUGUCAUCCUUCUGAAAAUAAUGAUUUGACGCCAUCCGUUAACUCACCAAAAUGUGACGAAAACGAGUACAAAUGCCUUGAUGGUAAAUGUGUCCCGGGCGACGUACUUUGCGAUGGUGUCGUCGAUUGCGUUGCUGGAGAAGAUGAAAAAGCGCCCUUCAGUGAUCUAGAGUGCCCAACUGAUGAUUUCUUUCGUUGCUUGAGCCCAGGACAAAAUCGAAGUCAAGAAACGAUCCCCAUGUCAGCUGUCUGCGAUGGUAUUGGUAACUGUUCCAACGGCAUGGACGAGUCGAAGUGCGUGUCAAUUAGUGCUGAAUUCCCGAUCAUAGUUGACACAAAUGGGAAUCCGCUGAAACUUUCGCCGUCUGGAUUUCUUGUUGUUCGUAUAAACGGUGUUUGGAGUCUUUACUGCGCAAACGCAUGGGUGGAGCAACUGACCAUUGCUACUUGUAAUGUUUUUGAUUUUGGCAAACGUGCCAAAACAGCCUCGUUUGAGGCUGUCGAUUCAUCGACCUUUUCACCGAUCAGUAAGGCCAGCCAACAAUGCUCACAUGCCGUUUUUCUUAAUUGCGCCUAAUCUAAAUACCUUGUUACCUAAAAAACGUCCAAAAUGUUCUUGUUUUGUUUUAACCUGCGCGAUUUUUAAGUUUGAAGCUUUUUGUUUUUCAUCACCCUUCAUAUCCAGCAUCUGCUCACCAUCCAAGUUUUACGGCACUGUUAUCAUGGCUUAACUACAAUAUACAAAUUGAACUUUA